ACUUUCAGUGUAUUACUUUUGCCAAACCAUAUUUCACCUACGUCUCCGUACUCCUUAAAGUUGUCAAGAUCAUCCGAAUAAAUCCUUUCCCAACUGUAACAUAAUCGUGACAUAAAGUAAUGCUUAUCGAGUGUUUCACACUUACGAAUACGUGUCAAUUUGUUAAAAAUGGCUAGUAAAUUAUUAGACAUGCUUCAGAUUGGAAAACAGCGUGUGAAAUCUUCCAUUUUACCUUGGCGUCAGCUUUCUACGACAAAUUUGAAAUACAGUAAUGUUAAACCAAAAACUGGUAUUUUAAUGCUAAACAUGGGCGGCCCUAGUGCACUUGAAGAGGUGCAUGAGUAUCUAUUACGCAUAAUGACUGAUCGUGAUAUGAUUCAACUGCCAUUCCAAAGUCGAUUAGGUCCGUGGAUAGCAAAAUCUCGUACUCCUAAAGUACAGAAAAAGUAUUCAGAGAUUGGUGGGAAAUCUCCAAUCUUAGAAUGGACAAACAAGCAGGGCAAACUUCUAUGUGAGAAAUUGGAUAGUAUUUCACCAGAAACUGCACCUCACAAACAUUAUGUUGCAUUUCGUUAUGCUAAUCCCCUUACUGAAAAUACACUACAAAAGAUAGAAGAAGAUGGCAUUGAACACAUGGUUCUCUUUUCUCAAUAUCCACAAUAUUGUUGUGCUACAAGUGGAUCAAGUUUUAUUGAAAUAUAUAAAUAUUAUACGACCAGAAAAUUACCUUCCAACAUGAAAUGGAGCGUAAUUGAUAGAUGGGCAACGCAUCCAUUAUUCAUAGAAACAAUUACAGAAAGAAUCAAAGGAGAAUUAGCUCAGUUCCCUAAGGAUAUAAGGGGCGAUGUCAUAAUUUUAUUUUCGGCUCACUCGAUACCAUUGAAGGCCGUAUCUAGGGGUGAUGCUUAUGCGUCCGAGGUAGCAGGCACAGUUGCCCUAGUAAUGGAAAAGUUACAAUAUUGUAAUCCGUAUAAAUUGGUAUGGCAGUCAAAGGUUGGUCCUGUAAGUUGGCUGGAGCCUUUUACCGACGAUGCGAUAAAAGCUUACGUAAAGCAAGGGAAAAAGCAUUUUAUAUUAGUACCGAUAGCAUUUGUUAACGAACACAUUGAAACUCUUCAUGAAUUGGAUAUUGAAUAUUGCAAAGAAUUAGCGGAAGAACUGGGCGUUGAAAAAAUACGGAGAACUGCAGCACCCAAUGAUCAUCCUACGUUCAUAGCAGCUCUGACAGAUAUCGUUGUUUCUCAUCUUAAAUCGAACAAGCCAAUAAGUCCCAUGUUUUUAACGCGUUGCCCUCACUGCGUUAGCAAAAAUUGCGCAGAGAGCAAGAAUUGGUAUGCACAAGUAUGUAAAAAUUGAAAAAAAAGAGGCAGCUACUCUGUAAAAUAUCCACGCGUUUGUCGUACCUGUUACUUGUAAUAUAUGUGUGCAAAUGUCA